AUGGAAGAGAGACGAGUAGCCGAUUACUUUGUAGUGGCUGGAAUGCCCGAGCAGCCAAAGCUACUAAAGGAAAACAUAUUCAACGACUCGUCACAUUUACGAUUGACAACCACCAUAGAUCCUAUCACAGAUAUAGGCGUUUAUUUUCCGUCGUUGGGAGAGAAAAUCCCAGCUGAUUAUGAAAUUCUUGAGAGCACGCCAUCUGGAUUGUUGGCAGAUCUCAAUUACGGUUCCGUCCGUACGAUUGGUUGCUUUAUUUACUACCGAAGAGGCAAGGAUAAACCUCCUCUGGUCGAUAUAGGAGUUAUGUACGAAGGAGCUGAGCGUAUUAUGGCUGAUGCAGAAAUUGUACUAAGCACCCCUGGCGAUCGACUAGCAAAUGUUAACAAUUCUUCGGCUAAAACGUUUUUGACAUUUCGUCGUGCGAGCACCGAUAUGCCCUGUAAUGAACUUGUUGUAACGGAUUUGUGUGUCGUGAUACCUUCGAAGGGUGAAAAACCACCGCAUGCUUUCUGCAUGAUCCAUAAAACUCUGAACAAAGGGCUGAUGGGCAGUGAUGUAUACCUUUGCUAUAAAAAAUCAAUGAACCGUCCAAAACUAAUUAGCUACGAGCCAGAAAUAUUGCACCGGUAUCCUACGUUUGAUCACAAUGAUUUUCCGCUAACAUUGUGCCCUAGUGUGCCCCUCUUUUGCCUGCCCAUGGGUACUACGCUAGAAGCAUGGCAACACGUGCCUGGUGGUGAUGGAAAGAGAAAACCAAUUCAGCCCGUCUUCAGCACAUUUGUUCUUACAGUCAACGAUGGCACGUAUAAAGUAUACGGAUCAGCUUUAACGUUUUACGAAGAAUUUUGCGAAAAUAACUUAAAUGAUCAACAACGGGAGCUACUCGAUUGGAAUAAGGACUCGCAUAAAACGCAUUCACUGCACGUGAACAAAUCUAUCUGUCUUUUGUCACGGUGGCCAUUCGGUGAUACUUUCGAAAAAUGGCUUCAAUUUUUACACCAACUUUCCAAGCUCAAUGAAAAUUUGCCUGUUCCUAUUGAACGGUACAUAACUCAUCUGCUUGAUGAGGUACCAUUUCCAGCGCCAAGCAUUCUGCUGCAACUGUCAACACUCAGUAAUAAUAGAAUACUAUUAACGUUGCCAGAAGAUUCCCCUCUACCCAGGAGUGGCGCCGGUUUUCGCCAGUUACUCUCCAAUCUUGGACCAGAAAACUGCUUGCACGUGUUACUGCUGGUCCUAACAGAACAGAAACUGCUCAUUCACUCACUGCGACCGGCCAUUCUGACGGCAGUUGCGGAGGCAGUAUCGUCAUUUUUGUUCCCGUUUAAAUGGCAAUGUCCGUACAUACCGUUGUGCCCGCUGGGUCUAGCUGAAGUACUUCAUGCACCGUUGCCAUACUUGAUAGGAGUGGAUUCUCGUUUUUUUGAUCUUUAUGAACCUCCAAGCGAUGUGACUUGUGUGGAUCUCGAUACCAACAACAUUAGUUUGUGCGAAUCACAAAAACACCUCACGACAAAGCUACUUCCUAAAAGGGCUUCACGGAUCUUACGUCAAACUCUUCGCAAUCUAGAGGAACUAAGUCAAAACCAAGUGUGUGAUUCCAACAAUAGCUUGGAUCGUGAUUUGAAAAAACGAAAGAGAGAACAAAAUUUAGAGCAAAGAAUUCAGGAAGCUUUCCUUCAGUUCACGGCAUGUAUACUAAAAGGCUAUAGAGACUACCUGGUUCCGAUUUCGAAGGCACCUACGGUUGGUGCCACUGACCCUAAUGCAUUGUUUAGAAUGGAGGCAUUUUUGCGUUCUCGAGACAAAGCGCAUCACAAGUUCUUUCAAUUAUUGAUGAAAACGCAAAUGUUUAUCAGGUUCAUCGAGGAACGCUCGUUUGUGUCCGACGGUGAUCAUAACCUAGCAUUUUUUGACGAGUGCGCCGAAAAAGUGAGUGCGUACGAAGAUACUCCGACAGAUAUCAAACUCAUUGAGUGGGAUGCGGGCCAGAGCAGCGAACGUACAAAAUUUAUUCUGCCGCCCGAAUGUCAGCCGGGCCUUCCGGUUGUAGACCAAUGCUACUCGUACGACUCGUUUACGCUCAAUCCCAUUUUGCUGAAAGAAUCCAGGCGCAGCCAUUUGGAAAACGUGCUUCAAAAUCACGCUUCUGCAGCUCCGGGAUCGCCUAUGGCACGCCGUACAAAGCAUGAAAUAAAAACGGCUCAAAAAUUAGCUCGCAAACACCAAGGCAAUCCAGAACUAUGGGCAAAGCAUUUGCUCGCUACGUGCUAUUCGAUUUAUUUCAUUGUACUACCAAGCUUGAUUUCAGAAAAUACAGGCCGUGAACAUGCGGUUUUAAAGGAAGCAUACGAUUUACUCGGUAAAGCUUGCAAGUUAAAGGUGCCGUGUGAUGAAGUUUGUUAUCGCAUCAUGAUGCAACUGUGUGGUUUGCACAACCUUCCUGUGCUUGCUGUACGGUUGCAUUACUUGAUGAAAAGAUCUGGUAUUCAACCCAACGCUCUUACGUAUGGUGUUUAUAAUCGGUGCGUUUUGGAAGCGCAGUGGCCUUCUGAAUCCAUCCUUUCGUCUCAAAUGCGGUGGAAUCGUCUGCGAAACAUCGUUAUCGGAGCAGCUCAGUUCAAGCGCGCAGGUGAAAAGUUUGCUGCUCGACGCCGACGUUCAUUGUCAGGACAAGAUAUUCACAAUGCAUCAUUGAGUGGCACCUUAGACUCGGUCGAUGGAACAUCCCGAACCAGUCUCGACUCGGGAUACUCGCAGGCAGAACAACAAAAUGCUGGUACAAUUACGAUGGAUUUUAGCACGUUUGAUAAACUGCGAGAUCGUCUUGGAGCAAUCGUCCGACAAAAUACAGCAACGAGUAGUCACCAAGAAUCAUCGGAGGUGCUCUCUAGUGCUGGGUUACUGAUCAGUGGAGAAGCGUCUCAUCAUCUUAAAUUGCAAACCGGUUGUGGUGGAACAGAAACAAAAUUAGCAUAUAAGAAAUCCCCACCAACGGCAUCUUGUGAUCUGAGUCCUCGUAUGUUAGCAAGAGCCGAAAGUUUUGCUGGGGAUUCGAAAUUUAUCGAUAAGCUUCAACGCCAAAAUGGAAUGGAUGCGACAAAAGCAAAACGAGCACUUGAUUUUCAUCCAAAGGAAACUAAUUCUCAAGAAGAAUUAGACGAUGCGAAAGGAAGUAAUCCUAAGGGUGGUAGUCCAACAAAGAUAUCUUCACGUACUAUUGUAACGCAAAAUGAUCCUUUGGGCGCUCUUAACGAGUCUGUGAAUGAUAAAAUUAUGGAAGUCCACCGUGACUCUGCACACAAAUCUAAUGAGAGAAACCAAAGCAGUCAUAAUAGCACCAUCUAUACGGAUCAGCCGAUUUUGUUUAAAGGACAACGAUCGGCAACAUUUGAUGAUUCAACCCAGCUCAAAAGUAUGCAGCGUUCGGAAACAAUGCCAAUGACAAAUACCGUUUCGUCGGGAUUUGGUAGUUUAGGCUCUUCAUUAAGAUUUAACUUUGGCCGUUACUCACCUGCACGUAUGUCUAUGAAAAAUGAUUUGAAAUCUUUGUCUACCAAUAUGAUAGAGAAUAUUUCAAAUAUCAGUCCUAGUCUGUCUGGCAAAAAAUCAAACGAAAUCAUUCAGAGUGGAUUAAGCAGCAUAAAAAAUGCCGCGACUUCGGUAGCCAAAAAAUUGGAUGAAAUAAAGGAAGCCAUUUCGGCAAAUUCAACACCAGUGAAAAUAGGAACGAUUGGGAUGAAUGGCUCUUUAGAACGCGACAGUCACGGGUCCGAGAACGAUCUUCUGCAUAACGAUGACGCGAUGACAAACGCUAUUAAUGGCAAUCGGUCCCGCCGUGUUUCCAGUGAAUUUGAUCUUUGGCUUCGUUUCAGUGAGUCGCGCAAGUCGAGUUAUAAUAAUUUAGUUCCUCUUGGUGAAAAUGCUACAUCGACCAACAGCCUGAACGCCGUGUGUUCAACGCUGCCGGAUAACAUUUAUCCCGCCAUGCUGGAGCAAUCGGAAACAAAUGACGCGGAUUUUACUAUUGAAAUUACAUCUUGCUCGCAGUGUCAUAACUGUUCGGUAUUGCUGUACGACGAAGAUGUUAUGGCUGGAUGGUCAUCGGAAGAUUCUAAUUUAAACACUACUUGUCAUGCAUGUGGCAAAGUGACAGUGCCAUUUCUUAAUGUGCAAAUAGCUUCCGAUCAUCAUGAAAUGAACAAAAGGCUGCCAUCAGCUCAUCACCAAUCGGAUAUAAUAAGUGUGCCAUAUUUAAACCCUCUUGUUCUGCGUAAGGAGCUGGAAAACAUUCUCAGCGAAGAGGGAGAUCUGGCACUGACUAAAUCAAAAUUUGUGGAUGAGCAUCCCAUCAUCUAUUGGAACUUGAUGUGGUUCAUGGAACGGAUAGACGUCAACACUCAUCUGCCAAACCUCGUGUUGCCUGAACAAGACGAUAAGGCAGACCCGUUGAGUAAUGUAAAAACUAUUAUUGUUCUUUGUUUGUGGGAUAAUCCACGGCUACAUUCGGAGGCUGGGCCUGCGAUGUACAUGCUUUGGCGCCAGAACCAACCGAAUAGUACACUGUUGAAAGCUCUUUUGACUGAUCAAACGUCGAUAAAUCGAACUGUGAUGCAACAAGUGAUUGCUUCGAUACGCUGCAACGAUUUACUCACCCCUAUCAAACGAUUAGCUAACGAAAGACAAAAGCUAAAACACCGGGGCGUCGAUCGGACUCACUCAAUAUAUCGCGAUAUGUUGUUUCUAGCAUUCGUUGAGAUAGGGUGUGCCCAUAUCGAUCUCAUCUCGUUUCAUCGCCAAUACGCGGCUGUGUUCGCUAAGCUAAUGGAGAAAGAAUCCAAUACCUUCUACCGCAGUCAAGAUUUGCCCCCAUCGUCAACAGCCAUGUUUUGUCGUGCUUACUUUAAGCCAUUACAUUUGCCUUGACAGGUGGGUUUAAUGACGAAUCAAACGUUUAUUACCAUUUGUGAAAAUUUAUGAUUUGAAAACAGGCUUAAAAAUACUUUUCUGAUGAGUAUACUUAUUGAACGUUUUUAUAUUUCUAUAUAUAAGUUAUAAAUUGUAGAAAUUGAGGUAUUAAAAGUGACUGAAGGAAAACAUAUAAAUUAAAUAAAUACUGUAUGUAUUAACUUAGCAGACGCAUCAUUUUUCUGCAAUUCAUGUAAUGACCAUGACUAACAUCACAUAAUGAUGCUGCAUGAUGGAUGGAACACUCUAAAGCGCCUUUUCUACCAAGAAGGGUUUGCACCAGUGGGAUAGGUUAGUUUAUUUCCUUUUCAACUUCAUGCUAAA